AGAGCAAACCCAGAGGAAAACAUCCCAAGAAAGCAGCUUCCAAGAUCCGAUCAGAUCCAUUCAACCCUCCCCCUCUCUUUCUCUCUCUAAAACUAUCUCCCUUCAUUUUCUCUCUCUUCCACUGUUUCCACCCCAACUCUCUCGAAAAACCGAUCAAUUUCUCCUCAACUCCGUCUCCGAAAUCGGUUUCGCUCUCGCCGGUUAGGGUUUCUUGAAUUUCUCGUCCAAAUGUGCCGGAUCGAGACCCAGGGCUCAUAAGGUUUCCUUGUCUUCAAACUCUAAGUGCAUGAAGCUUUGGUGCUGUCUAUGCUUCAACGAAGAAGAAGAAGAAAAAGAAGAAGAGAAAGAAGAAGAAGAGGUGGUGGUGAUAGAGGAAGAGCGCAAUCUCCUGGAGUCUAUGGAGGAGGAGGACAUUUUCGGAAACGACGUCGUCGUUUCCCCUGUGCCUGACGACGAUGAUGUUGAUGUCGAAAAUGACGCGCGUCCUGCGGCGGUUGCCGGUGCCGUCGAGCAUGACGAGCAAUUCAGGUUGUUUGACGAGAUGGUGAAGGUUAUGCCUGUGCGCGUGGAUGCGUUCAGUUCGCGGUCUGGCACGCGGAGGUCGGAGGGAGAGAGUAGCUCCGGCGGUUCAGAUGCCGUUGUCGCCGCCGGUUUGGAGAGUGCCGCCGCCGAGGAGAGUAUCGAUUUGAGCCACAAGCGGGCCAAGUUUUACACUGAUUUUGAUGAGUGUCACUUUGCAACUCCAACAUCUUCGAAUACUGGGAAAUGCAGCGCAUCUGCUGACUACGGAGAUUAUGAUUAUAUUCAAAGCUCGUCCCUUCGACCUAACAAUGAGACGUUUUAUGAUGCUUUUACAUUGAUGUGUACUGGUGAGGAGAAUAACUUCGAUUCUUCUAGCUUUGUGAAAGACAGUGAAGGAUAUGAUAGUGACAUCUCAAAAGUAGAAGAUAUAGAGGUCAGGAUGGAUCUCACGGAUGACUUGUUGCAUAUGGUUUUUUCAUUUUUGGAUCACCCCAAUCUCUGCAAAGCUGCCAGAGUUUGUAAGCAGUGGCGAGCUGCUAGUGCUCAUGAAGAUUUCUGGAAGAGUUUGAAUUUUGAAGAUCGGAACAUCUCUGUAGAGCAAUUUGAGGACAUGUGUAGGCGUUAUCCUAAUGCCACAGCAAUGAGCAUAUCCGGUCCUUCUAUUUACUUACUUGUCAUGAAGGCUAUCUCUUCAUUAAGGAAUCUUGAGGUUUUAACAUUAGGAAAAGGACAGAUAGCGGAUACUUUUUUUCAUGCUUUAGCUGAUUGUUAUAUGUUGAAAAGAUUGAAUAUCAAUGAUUCUACACUUGGCAAUGGCAUUCAGGAGAUAUCUAUUAAUCAUGAUAGGUUGUGUCAUCUUCAAUUGACAAAAUGCCGUGUCAUGCGAAUAGCGGUCAGGUGCCCACAACUUGAAACUAUGUCAUUGAAGCGCAGCAACAUGGCACAGGUUGUGCUUAAUUGCCCACUUUUGCAUGAGCUUGAUAUUGGCUCUUGCCACAAACUUCCUGAUGCUGCUAUUCGUGCCGCUGCAACUUCAUGCCCUCAACUAGUGUCUCUGGACAUGUCUAAUUGUUCAUGUGUCAGUGACGAAACUCUGCGUGAAAUAGCAUCGAGUUGUGCUAACCUGAGUUUUCUUGAUGCAUCAUACUGCCCAAACAUCUCUUUGGAGUCUGUUAGACUGCCAAUGUUGACAGUUCUAAAGCUUCAUAGUUGUGAGGGCAUCACUUCCGCCUCAAUGGCUGCAAUAGCUCAUAGUUAUAUGUUGGAGGUUUUGGAGCUUGACAAUUGCAGUCUAUUGACUUCAGUGUCUUUGGAUCUUCCACGUUUGCAAAAUAUUAGAUUGGUACACUGUCGCAAAUUUGCUGAUUUGAACUUGAGGACCAUUAUGCUUUCUUCGAUACUGGUGUCUAACUGUCCUGCACUCCACCGUAUCAACAUCACAUCAAAUGCACUUCAAAAAUUAGCUUUACAAAAGCAGGAUAGCUUAACUACAUUAUCCCUGCAAUGCCAAUCUUUACAAGAAGUGGACCUCUCCGAGUGUGAAUCUUUGACAAACUCUAUUUGUGAUGUUUUUAGUGAUGGUGGAGGAUGUCCUAUGUUGAAAUCACUAGUCCUUGACAAUUGCGAGAGCUUGACAUCAGUUUGGUUCAUCAGCGCCUCUUUAGCCAGUCUUUCCCUUGGAGGUUGUCGGCAUGUUAUGACUCUGGAGCUCGCAUGUCCUAAUCUUGAGAAAGUCAUUUUAGAUGGUUGUGAACAUUUGGAAAGAGCAUCAUUUUGUCCUGUUGGUCUUCGGUCUCUCAAUUUAGGAAUAUGUCCAAAAUUGAACACACUCAACAUUGAUGCAUCGCUUAUGGUCUCACUUGAGUUGAAAGGAUGUGGAGUUCUAUCUGAAGCAUACCUUAAUUGUCCACUCUUGACAUCUCUGGAUGCUUCCUUUUGCAGCAAACUCACGGAUGAAUGCUUGUCUGCAACAACUGACUCAUGCCCACUGAUUGAGUCACUGAUAUUGAUGUCAUGCCCAUCUAUUGGUUUAGAUGGACUUCGUUCUCUGUGUCAGCUUCUUAAUUUGACCGUGCUUGAUUUAUCAUACACUUUCUUGGUGAAUUUGCAGCCUGUUUUUGAAUCUUGUUCCCAGCUAAAGGUAUUAAAGUUGCAGGCAUGCAAAUAUCUUACCGACUCAUCACUUGAGCCUCUUUACAAGGGGGGUGCUUUACCAGCACUUCAGGAGUUGGACUUGUCUUAUGGAACUAUCUGUCAAUCUGCCAUAGAGGAGCUUCUUUCUUGCUGCACGCACCUUACACAUGUGAGCUUGAAUGGCUGUGUGAAUAUGCAUGAUUUAAACUGGGGAGGCAGUCAUGGGCAGAUUGCUGAGUUGCCUGGUGUAAACGUCCUAUCCAUUGCAAGUUCCCAUGAGAAUGCCCAUGAGUCAAGUGAGCAACCCACCCGAUUACUUCAGAAUCUCAAUUGUGUGGGAUGUCCAAAUAUUAGGAAGGUUUUCAUUCCAUCAACAGCACAUUGUUCCCAUCUAUUGUGUUUGAACCUUUCUCUAUCGGGUAAUUUGAAGGAGGUUGAUGUAGCUUGUCCCAACCUAUGCUGGCUUAAUUUAAGCAACUGUUCCUCUUUGGAAGUUUUGAGGCUAGAGUGUCCGAGAUUGACCAGUCUAUUCCUUCAGUGUUGCAAUAUUGACGAAGAAGCUGUUGAAGCUGCUAUAUCAAAAUGCACUGUGCUGGAGACUCUUGAUGUACGCUUUUGUCCAAGGAUAAGCUCAAUGAGCAUGGGAAGAUUACGUGCAGCAUUUUCUAGUUUGAAGCGUAUAUUCAGCAGCCUGUCAACUUCAUGAACUUUGCCAAGGAUCUUUGAGUUUUCCAGUGCUUAUUCACUUGGAGUGAGGGCAUGCGUGGUAAUAAAUCUGGUUAUUUCCUUAUGUAUUGUAAAUGGUUAACUUUUUAUUGUCCGUUUGUUUGGCAUAUAGAAAUCAGGUUAUCUUUAUGUUUUGUCACAAUAAAUUAUCUUUGUUCUAUAUGUUACUCUUGUAAAUUUUACAUUUCAAUUUUGUUUAUGCAUACAUUAUUCUAAAGCAGUCUAACCUUGUUUGUUGUAAAAAAUAGGUGUAUCUAAAAAAAAGAAAAGGUGUAUCUGGUUUGGUCUUUAGCGUAGUAUGACCUUGCAAUAUACUGUAAAUUUUUGUACUAUGGGGAUGACAUUAAUAUUAUACAAUUUUCA